UUUUAAACUUGUGAGGAUGGUUAGGAAAAAGGUAAAGUGGAGAGUGAGAGAGGGAGACGAGAAAAAAAAAAUUUAGGUGCAUUUGGGGAAGGUAAGUGCACCGGAGUUGUGCCCGACAGCCACCGCUGGUGUCCCGAUGGAGCAGGAUAACGAGACGCCCGACUGUCGCACACUCUUUCCGCUUUCCCGCGACCCACCAUUAAAAAAUAACGGUGGAGGACUGAGAAGGGACGGAACUCGACCUCCGGGAAUCUCCACUUCCGUCUACUAAACUGCUUCUAAGCCUCUCUCUUUCUCUCUCCCUCUUGAUAAAGGGGCGGGGAGGGAGGGAGGAAUGGCGGCUGCGGGCUUUCCCUACCGGGCUUCGGGGUUAGGGUUGUGCGCUUCAUUCCGAGGCAAUAGUUUGCGAAUAGGCGGCUCAACUCUGGACCUCAAGUGCAAACAGUAGGAGCCAUAUAUCUCCAUUUCGAGCCUCAAGUAGGAUGGGCAUGUGUGAAGAAAAUCACCACAUUGGCAUGUGGGAGGACUCAUUCAAAGCUGAUAGUAGUCAAAAUACAUGCGCUUCAACUGUUAUGGAGUCAGAUAUGCGAAUUGACUAUUUGCUAGAAGAUAUUCCUCUCAAGGCACUAGGAAAACCAAAGAAAUAUGACCAUAAAGAAAACAAGACUUCAGAUAAGGUAUUGAGACGGCUGGCACAAAAUCGAGUGGCUGCUCGAAAAAGUCGACUGCGGAAAAAGGCUUAUGUUCAGGAGUUAGAGUCAAGUCGUUUAAAACUCACCCAACUAGAACAGGAGGUUGAGAAGGGCAGACACUUGGGUAUGUACACAAUAGGUGGGAAUAUGCGAGGAUCACCCCUUGGGGUGCCUGGAAGCGUCAAUAUAGGGAUUGCUGCUUUUGAAAUGGAAUAUGGACACUGGGUUGAAGAACAAAAUCGACAAACAUGUGAACUUAGAGCUGCACUGCAGGCAAAUAUGUCUGAUUUGGAGCUUCACAUGCUUGUUGAGAGUGGAAUGAGACAUUAUGAUAAUCUUUUCCAAAUAAAAUCCAAAGCUGCUAACUCUGAUGUCUUCUAUCUUAUGUCUGGCAUGUGGAGAACAUCCACUGAGAGAUUUUUUCUUUGGAUUGGUGGAUUUAGGCCCUCAGAGCUUCUGAAGGCACUCUACCCACAGCUUGACCCUCUGUCGGAGCAACAAAUGACUGCUGUCUGCAGCCUGCGGCUAUCUUCACAACAAGCUGAAGAUGCACUGUCUCAAGGACUGGAAAAACUUCAGCAAACUCUUUCUGAAACUCUAACAUGUAACUCCUUAGGCACAUCUUGUGUUUCGGGUUACAUGGGACAAAUGGCAAAUGCCAUGGGAAAGUUGGAUGCUCUUGUAAGCUUUCUGAACCAGGCUGACCACCUGAGGCAGCAGACUUUGCAGCAGAUGCACAGUAUCCUCACAACCCGUCAGGCGGCGCGAGGUUUGCUUGCAUUGGGCGACUACUUCCAACGACUCCGUGCCCUUAGUUCAUUAUGGGCUGCUCGACCUUGCAAACCUGCUUCAUAAAAAUCAGAUCAGAUCCCAUUGGUGAAUUGUCAUUUCAAAAAUCGCAAACCAAAUCAACUGGAACUGGGCCAGGGAAUGGACAUUAACAAAAUGGUUCGUAGCCUCCAUCCGGAUCAUUAUCCUAACAAGUAUAUACAACACAAAUUGCAACAAGUGCCGUAGUGUAGAUGAUCUGUAAAAAUAUAUCUGAUGGUUCUGUAGCUUGUUUAUGAACAUGCCAUUUGUUAUUGUUGCAGCUCCAUUUUCAGUAUAAGGACAUUAAGUUGCCCAUGAACUGGUAUUCCAUAUCAGGAAGAAACAGCUCUUUCCCAGUAUAUAUAAAAUGCUUGUUAUCGGA